GGGGGCGGGCGAGGAGGAGGAGGAGGGAGGGGGGGAGGAGGAGACGCGGAGUCGGGCGGCACCGGACGGACAGACGGAGGCGAAGGGGGCUGAGGAGGAGGAGGAGGAGGGCGGGCGGCCAUGGCGGAGCCCAGCCCUGAAGAUCUACCUCCGAACCUCAAGCCGGAGACGCAGCCUCCAGAAAAACGUCGCCGAACGAUUGAGGAUUUCAAUAAGUUUUGCAGCUUCGUCUUGGCCUACGCCGGAUACAUCCCAUCGACCAAGGAGGAGAAUGACUGGACGCCUUCUGGCUCCAACUCCCCCAUCCGCCCGGAGAGCGUGGUGGACAGCGACGGCUGGGAGUCCACCCACUCGGACCUGCACACCAUCGAGACCUUUGUGAAGAAGGCCAAGUCCUCCAAGAAGAAAGCGGCCUUCCGCCGCCUCAAGUCCGACAGCUCGCUACUGGAGAAGAUGAAACUCAAGGACUCCCUUUUUGACUUGGACCCUGUGAGCAAGCACCCGCUCCCGCCACCGCUGGCGGGGCCCAACAAGGGGGUCGGCCCGGACAAGAAGAAGGACAAGCGCAACCGGAAGGCCGCCUUGGAAGCCGGGAGCGCCGGCGCCAAGCGCAACCGGGGCACCGGCGACCCCAUCGGGGAGAAGCGAUCGCGCAUCAAAAAGAGCAAGAAGCGGAAGUUGAAAAAGGCCGAGCGGGGCGAGAAGAAGCACAAGGCUUCCUUGAGCGAGACGGACUCGGAAGAGGAGGAAGGGGGGGCCCUGGCAUCGGCGGCGGUGAUGGGGGGCCCGAUGCCCCUGCGGCAGGGAGGGGGGGAGGAGGGGGCCCUGGCAUCGGCGGCCACCCUGGUCUCGGUCCAGGCUCCCCCCGAGCUGCUGGCUGCCAGUUUCCCCCUCAAGCUGGAGGACACGGAAGGGAAGGAGGGCAUCAGUACGGAGACCAGCCAAGACGGGGAAGGCAGCUCCAGCGAAGGCGAGAUGCGGGUGAUGGACGAGGACAUCAUGGUGGAAUCAGGGGACGACUCUUGGGACCUCAUCACGUGCUACUGCCAGAAGCCAUUUGCCGGGCGGCCCAUGAUCGAGUGCAACCAGUGUGGCACCUGGAUCCACCUCUCCUGCGCCAAGAUCAAGAAGACCAACGUCCCCGACAUCUUCUACUGUCAGAAGUGUAAAGAAGGCUCCCGGAAGCACCCUUUGCUACCUGCGGUCUCCGGCACCACCGCCGCCGCUGCCACUACCAUCACUUCCAGGGGGAGUGGGGAGCCCUAGCGCAGGAGGCGGUGGCGGCAGAGGAAGGAGGGAGGGACGGGGGCCGGGGGCCGGAUCCACGCAGGGCGCCCACCCCAGCAGCGAAAGACUGGCCCGAGUCUAGUGGGGCUGCUCUGGAUUGCUAUCCAAAGAUGGGACUUGGGUGGCUUGGAGGUGGGGAGAGAGGAAGGCGCUGGGGACUUCUUUGGCAGCGGUGGCCCCCAGAUAUCUCAAAAGGCGGCAAGCGGGGGCUCUAUAGAGUUACAGAUGGCCAUUAUGAGCCCCUGGCCUCAGGCACACAAACCCAUCCACCCUCCCCUGUUCUUUGUGGAGUAAAUUCUAGGAGAGCAGCUCCGGCAGAGACUGAAGUGGACCCUUUGGCUUUGAAAUUAACCGUAAAAGGCGGGUCCAUUUUAUGCCGGGGAGGGGGGGAGGAAGUUCGGAUAGCGACAAAGGAAUGGGACAGGAGGGUCCCCAGUUUAAUUCUGGCUCUUCCCCCUGAUCCCAUCCUUUUCUUGUCUCAGUGAAAUUCACCUGUAAAUAGACAACAAACAAAGGUUUGGGGCAUUUUGCCCCCUCGGUUUGUCUCCCUCCCCAAGAUUUGGAAAUAUUUUCUUUUUUUUGUUAUUAAAGAUUAUAACCUGUGUUCUGGCUCACAGGGAUGUUCUCCUUUAACAGCAGAAUUCCUGCAAAGAUGUUAGGUUCCUGCCCAAGAAAUAGGUGCAAAAUUUACUUUUCUUUUUUUGUUAAACUUUGGGGUUUUGGAGGUUUGGGGUGUUGGUUUUCCCACCUCGCCAAUACAGUUAAUAAAUAUAUAUAACUAUAACCUUUCUGGCGGGGAAGGGAAAGGUGAAAGGUUUUGCUUAUCUGUGAGUAUUAACAUCAUUUCUUCCCCGCCCAAUGCCCCAAAGGGAUGUUUGGAUGUGUUGAAACUAGUCAGGGAAAAAAAAAAACCUUUUUGAUUUCAUUUUUAUUAUUUGAAAAAGGGACAACUUAUUUGCAAAUUUUUCCAAAAGGGGAUGGAGAAAUCACUUUCCAGCUCAAGGGGGUUGGACAAAGUCCCCAGUCAGCCCACUUUAAAACGUGCAGGAAACCCACCCCCAGUCCCAGAACGGGUUUCCAUCUCUCUCUUCCAACUUAAAUUUGGGUGCAAAACCCACUUGAAUCUGCUCCCUGUUUGAAGUUAGUUCUGUUUCGGAGAGAGGCGGAAUGGGAUUGCUCUUUGGUUUUUUUUGGGAGGGAUUCCCCUCUCCCUGUAACCCUCUCCCACAUUUUUUUUUGUUUUAAUAUUUACAACUGUGUACAUGACAGAGGUUUUUUGAAUGUAAAUAAAAGAUGUGGACCCUU